CGGUGAUUGAAUAUCAGUGGCACAGUGCUUGUUCUGUAAAGAUAUAAGAGGCCUCGAUGCUGCAACACUAGAACACUCUGUGUUCUGUGAGAACGUUCAGGGCCAAAUACUAGUACCAGCAAUAUCACAAGUUGACACUGUACUCGACACCGGCAUCCGUAGAUCACCAGGGCAAAAUAACAUCAAUAUGGUUCGCGAACGCCCUGCUGAUCUCCCUGCAGCGAGUCGGCCAGGUGCAACAAGUCUCGAUGAUGCGGUUGCGUCGAUGAGUGUGAAGAAUCAAAAAGCAAGCUCAUCUUCGGACAAGAUGGCACCUCAGCAAAACGACGAGACAACGAGAACAUCGUUGACGGGUGGUUUUGAAUUUGGUAAAACUAGCGAGCUCCGUAAUCCUCUGCGACGCCCUGCUACAAGCGUAUUCAUUCCAAAACCAAGGGUUUUCGUGAAGAGGACGUUGCCUGAUCAUUAUCCACCAAGCCAUCAAUCGAGCGGUUCUCAGAAUGCAACCGGAUUCUAUCGUCCAGGCCAAAGGCCAGCCACAAUUUCUCAACCAGAUAGCCGCAAUACUCAUGACUUCGAAGAUGAAGUAGACUAUACGCAAAUCAUGCAACCCGGGAACGCUCGGCUUCCAGAUAUUCGACCUCCAAGCAAACCCAAAUUUUCCUCGAUCGGGCCCAAACCAGUUCAGAUGGUUGGGCGGCCUCGUCCUCAACAACCGAUCGAUCUGACGAAGAAUGACUCCAGUGACGAUGAUGAUAGCUUCAGUCCCGAUGCUGUCAUUGCAGCAGAGGGUGACGACUACGGAGCUACAGAUCCUCACUCUUACAUGGAUGCGGCAAAGGCUAACGAUAAUAUGCGCAAGUUGCUGGAAGGGGCAUUUGAUGAUGGCUCUAAUCCAGAGAAGUUACGACUACCACGACGUCCUCGGCAAGCAGUGGUAGUCGAGAAAGGUGUCCAGAGCCUUACCGACAAGCUAGCAGCACUUGAUAUGCAAUCCAAAGAGAAAUCUGGCCCUCAAGAAGGUGAAGCAGGAGACCAAGAAGACGAGGUCGAGGACGGCGUUGUCGAAGGCUUGAACGUUAGGCUUUUGCCCCACCAGGUCGAAGGUGUAGCCUGGAUGAUCGAUAAAGAGGUCGGCCGCUUGCAGCGGAGUGGAGCUCUUCCCAAAGGCGGCAUCCUAGCAGACGACAUGGGAUUAGGUAAGACGGUGCAGUCCAUUACUUUGAUCCUCACCAAUCCACGGCCGGCCCUGGAUGCCAAGCCAGAGCAUCCAAAGCAAAAGUUGCCAUCCAAGGAGACUGGCAAGGGCACUCUCGUAGUAGCACCUCUUGCGCUGAUCAAACAAUGGGAGUCUGAGAUCAAGACGAAGAUUACCCAAGAUCAUGCGCUAAAAGUCCUAGUGCACCAUGGUCCCAACCGAACGAAGUCAAGCCUGGACUUGAAAAAGUACGAUGUGGUGAUCACUACCUACCAGUCGCUGACGUCGGAGCACGCCAAUUCCAACAUGAACAGUGAAAGUGGCACAAAGAUAGGGUGCAUGGGCGUGCACUGGUACCGAAUCAUUCUGGAUGAGGCACACAGCAUCAAGAAUCGCUCCUCCAAGGCACAUCAGGCGUGCUGUGCACUCAAUAGCUGCUACAGAUGGUGUCUCACAGGCACUCCGUUGCAGAACAAUCUCGACGAACUUCAGGCCUUGAUCAAGUUUUUACGCGUAAAGCCUUACUGUGACAUGGGCAACUGGAAGGAUCAGAUUGUUCGACCCAUGAAAAAUGGUCGCGGCGGUCUUGCGAUGCGCCGGUUGCAGGUCUUCCUGCGCGCGCUGAUGAAGAGAAGAACAAAAGAUAUUCUCAAGAAGGAAGGCGCACUGAACUUCGGUGGCAAAGCUGAUGCCGAUGGCAAGUCGAAGAAUGGUGGCAUGCAGAUUGUCAAACGCGACGUUGAAAUUAUCGAAUGUGAUUUCGACGACGCCGAACAGCACUUUUAUACCACUCUAUCAGAACGAGCUGACGAACAGUUGAAGAACAUGAUGGAAAGCGACAGUGCGCCCGAUUAUAUCGGUGCGUUGGUUCUGCUGUUGAGACUGCGCCAAGCAUGUAAUCAUCCACAUCUGAUCAGCAUGGCAAUGCACAAGGACAAAGAUGCUAUGGCCAUCACUCACUUGCCGGGGCAGAAAAUUCAAGAUACGCUGAAUGACCAGAUGGAUGACCUUGCCAAUCUUAUGGGUGGCAUCGCCGUACAGAACACAACAUGUCGUGUUUGUCAAGUCAAACUUUCUUCAGCAGAAAUGCAAAAGCCAUCAUCAACCUGCAAUGAGUGCGAGACGGAGAUUGGAGCUGGCGGCAAAAUCAAACGAGAGGAAAAGUCAAAGCAGCCUGGCAACUCGCGGACAUCUACGCCUGACAGAAAGGAUCAAACAACAGCUGUGCCACGCCGUGCUCGAAAUCGCCGUAUCAUUGAAGAAAGUGAUGAAGAGGAAGGCGAAUGGAUUGCCGAAGGUCCCGAGCGUCACAUCGAACUCGGAACAGCCGGCGGGUCUGAUGAUGAAAAUGCAGAAGGAGGCGGUGAUACCCUGGGCUCUAUUGAGUCGGCCAGAAGUCAGGAAGAGGACACUGAGGAUGAUAGCUUCAUCGUGAAUGACCUUGGCGACCACAAUGCCAAACAACAGACUGCAGAUGCAACGCAGGAUGCCGAACAUCUUCACGAAGAUCCUGCUGAUGCGGAUGAGAAUGAUGAUGAGGACGAUGACGAUGACGAUGACGAGGAUGACAGUAAUAGUGAUAGUGAUGAAGACGAUGACGAAAGUACGUCGCCCGAAAGCAAUGACAGCAGCUCUCAUAUACUCGACGAUGUCGAAAAUUUGCAUCGACAAGAUGGCAGUCGAGAUUCGGUGGGUUCAAGACCGAAAUAUGACAUGUUGAAGGGCAUGUCGACAAGCGAGAAGACGAAACAUGAACCCUCGACCAAGAUCCGUCACCUACUACGCAUCCUACACCGAGAGACCCCUAAGCACAAGACCAUUGUGUUCUCACAAUUCACCUCGAUGCUUGAUCUAAUUGAACCCCACUUACGACAGGCGUCAAUCACGUUUGUCCGUUACGAUGGCAGUAUGCGGCCCGACGAUCGCGAGAGGGCGUUAGAUUCCCUACGGAACGAUAAACGCACCCGUGUCUUACUAUGCUCGCUGAAAUGCGGUAGUCUGGGCCUCAACCUCACAGCCGCCUCGCGUGUGGUCAUUGUGGAACCGUUCUGGAAUCCAUUUGUGGAAGAGCAGGCCAUUGACCGGGUACAUCGGCUCAAUCAGACCGUCGACGUGAAAGUGUUUCGCCUGACCGUCCGAAACUCCGUCGAGGAACGCAUCAUCGCCCUGCAAGAGCGCAAGCGCGAGUUGGCCAAGCAUGCCAUUGAAGGCGGAGAGGCUGCUGGCAAGCUGUCCCUGAAGGACAUUCUCGGAUUGUUCCGCCACGAUGCCGAUCAUGGCGAUCACGACGCCAAAGACCGCGAGCUUUGGGAGAAAUUCGGCUCCGAUGCGAGGAUAUUGGAAGGUCACGGAAGUACAUCGGAGAGGAUUCGCGAUCACGGCGCUCCGGAGAGGACGCAAGGCAAAAAGAGUGGGCGCCAGAAUCUGCACAAGGAGCACGAUGUCUAUGGUCGACGCUGGUGAGGUUGCAUCGAGCCAGAGAUUGCGAGGAUGCUGGUGAUGAUAUACAUCUGACGAUCUUUUGAGAACGACGGCGCAGGGUUUUGAGUGAUUCAUCCUAGAGAUGUCCAUGUCAUGUGUGGGAGAUCGGGCGACGUACUUGCUUCGACCUCUAAUUGGAAAUGCGAACGGCGCACAGCAUUGUUUGGUUACAGAUGGGUCUCAUAACAAUUAUAGAUAUAUUUCGUAUUUGCUAGGGGGAGUG